CUCACCAUAGAAGAGUUGGCUGUUACCUUUCCCAUCCGUAGAAAUGACGAAUAAAAUAAUGCCGAGAUUCCUCCAUUGAGUUAAAAGUUCAUCGCCCUAGUUCGCUCGCUCGCUCGCUCGCUCUACUUUCCCAUCUAACACCUUUUCUCUAGAUUCGAUAUCUUAUGCUUCGCUUGCUUGAUCGAAUCAUGCUGCGGGAUUUUGCCUGAUCUACCCGCAACACACUUUAAAUUCCAGUCUGAUAGGUUAUCCCGGGGGUUCCUAGAGUUUCACUUUUUGUCUGGGGUGUCUAGGGUUCGCAACUGGGGAACGAUGGAUUCUGAGGACGACAUGCAUGAUGCCUAUGAUGUGGAGUCGUUGGAUGAGGAUUUCUAUAGCGGAGGGACACCGAUGGGCAGCGAGGAUGGCGAUGCCGAUUACGAUUUCGUGGACCACGACUCGGAGGACUCUGAGGACAUCACCUCGCAUCGCCAGCAGCAAAAUUAUACAAUCCUAAAUAUUGCCGAUAUACGCCAGCACCAGGAUGAAGAUAUAAGUAGAGUAUCUACUGUACUUUCUAUAUCAAGAGUGGCAGCCUGUGUUCUUCUUCGUCAUUAUAAGUGGAGUGUCAGUAAGGUGCACGAUGAAUGGUUUGCGAAUGAGGAAAAUGUUCGGAAGGCUGUUGGCUUGUUGGAAAGGCCAGUGGAAAUGCCUUGCACUAAAGAAUUGACUUGUGGAAUUUGUUUCGAAAGCUAUCCACGGGAUGAAAUGUCUGCAGCAGCCUGCAGUCAUCCUUUUUGUGGUUCCUGCUGGAGAGGUUAUAUUAGAACAUCAAUAACUGAUGGCCCGGGGUGCUUAAUGCUCCGGUGUCCAGAUCCAUCAUGUGGUGCUGCUGUUGGUGAAGAUAUGAUUAAUAUGCUGACCUCUUAUGAUGAUAAGGAGAAGUAUUCACGCUACCUGCUUAGAUCUUAUGUUGAAGAUAAUAGAAAGACAAAAUGGUGCCCAGCUCCAGGAUGCGAGUUUGCUGUGGAGUUCGUUAUGGGUAGUAGCAGCUACGAUGUUACUUGCAAUUGUUCGUACAGUUUUUGUUGGAAUUGUACUGAGGAAGCUCAUCGGCCAGUGGAUUGUGCCACUGUUGCAAAGUGGAUACUGAAGAACUGUGCAGAAUCUGAAAACAUGAAUUGGAUAUUGGCCAACUCAAAACCUUGUCCAAGAUGUAAGAGACCGAUUGAGAAAAACCAGGGAUGUAUGCAUAUUACAUGCACACCUCCGUGUAAAUUUGAAUUUUGUUGGCUGUGCCUAGGUGCAUGGUCGGAACAUGGGGAAAGGACUGGCGGUUUUUAUGCAUGUAAUCGCUAUGAAGCAGCAAGGCAGGAGGGAGCAUAUGAUGAGUCUGAAAGGAGGAGAGAAAUGGCUAAAAAUUCUCUGGAAAGAUACACUCAUUACUAUGAAAGAUGGGCUACAAAUCAAUCUUCUCGACAGAAGGCACUCGCAGAUCUGCAUAGUAUGCAAAUGGAAAAGCUCGAGAAAUUGAGUGAUAGACAAAGUCAACCAGAGUCACAGCUCAAGUUUAUAAUUGAGGCUUGGCUACAGAUUGUAGAGUGCAGGAGAGUUCUGAAAUGGACUUAUGCAUAUGGUUAUUACCUUCCCGAGCAUGAACAUGCAAAGCGGCAGUUUUUUGAGUAUUUACAAGGUGAGGCGGAAGCUGGUUUGGAGCGUCUUCAUCAGUGUGCCGAGAAGGAACUCCUUGUUUAUCUAGAAGCAGAAGCUCCCAUGAAAGAUUUCAAUGAUUUCCGCACCAAACUUGCCGGGCUUACUAGUGUGACCCGAAACUAUUUCGAGAAUCUUGUUCGAGCCUUGGAGACUGGGCUGAAGGAUGUGGGGCCGUCCAGUAAUCAGGCUACAUGUAGCAAGAGUUCAAGCUCAAAAAACCUCGUAGGGGGAAAGGGGAGCAAGGUGGGAAAGGCGAAGGCAACAGUGGCGAGCUCCAGGUCAGGUGGCCGUUCUUUGGAUGACGGAAAUCUUUGGUCUUGUGAGCACUGUACCUAUGCUAACCCAAGAUCUGCAAACACGUGCCAGAUGUGCGAACAGCACCGGUAGUUAGGGGACCGGUUAUCGAUAUUAUUUUUCUGUUGUAAAGGAAACGC